GUGCUGAAGCUGUACUACUUACGGAUUCCUCUCUCUAUAAACAUCUUCAGAUUGUCUAACCUAGACCUCCUUCGUGCCUUCUACCAAGUUUCAAGCGCAUCAUUACAGAUCUAGAAAGAAAAGAGAACGCAUAAAUCAUUUAUCACACAAAAAGAAUAUCUGAAGAAAAUUUGUGGUAUUUGACAGAGACGAUUGAGUAAAUGUGUCUAAAAUACUUGAAAGUGUGCUUGAAAUGAAUCUCAAAAGACUUUUGAUCAAACAGCAAUUUGGAAUCCGAUUCUUUUCAGACGUCUACAACACUCGUUUUCUAACAGUUGAUACGACUCCUUUAUUCUACGAAUUUUGCCUGAAAGCUUCCUCUGGAAUCCUUGAUUUCACUGUGCUUUUAACGAGGUUAAGGCAAAGCCAAGUUUUGUGUAUAUAUAUUAGAAGAAGAGCUUGGUGUUGCUGAAAGUGUGGAGGGCGUGAGAUCUAUGGAGAACUACUUGAACGAGAACUUUGGGGAUGUGAAGGGCAAGAAUUCGUCGGAGGAGGCGCUUCAGAGAUGGAGGAAUCUCUGCUGGCUAGUGAAGAACCCUAAACGGAGAUUCCGAUUCACUGCUAAUCUCUCUAAGCGAUUUGAGGCUCAGGCUAUUCGACGCUCCAAUCAGGAGAAGUUUAGAGUUGCAGUUUUGGUUUCACAAGCUGCACUUCAGUUUAUCAAUGGUCUAACUUUAUCCAGUGAGUACAUCGUACCAAGGGAAGUCCAAGAUGCAGGUUUUGAAAUUUGUGCUGAUGAGUUGGCAUCCAUUGUUGAAGGCCGUGAUGUGAAGAAACUAAAAAUACAUGGUGGUGUUGAGGGUAUUAUAAACAAGCUUGCAACAUCAGUGAACAAUGGCAUUCCAACUUCUAAUAAGUUGUUGGAUCAAAGAAAAGAGAUUUUUGGAAUUAAUAAAUUUGCUGAAAGCCCAGCACGAGGUUUUUGGGUCUUUGUGUGGGAAGCCCUUCAAGAUAUGACUCUUAUGAUACUUGCUGUUUGUGCUCUUGUCUCUCUUCUUGUUGGAAUAACCAUGGAAGGAUGGCCUAAGGGUGCUCAUGAUGGACUUGGAAUUGUUGCCAGCAUUUUGCUUGUUGUAUUUGUCACUGCCACGAGUGAUUAUAAACAAUCUUUACAGUUUAAGGAUUUGGACAGGGAGAAGAAGAAAAUUACAAUCCAGGUCACCAGAAACGGAUUUAGACAAAAGAUAUCAAUAUAUGAUUUACUUCCUGGUGAUAUUGUUCAUCUUGCUAUUGGAGAUCUGGUCCCAGCAGAUGGACUUUUUGUUUCUGGGUUUUCAGUGUUGAUAAAUGAAUCCAGUUUAACAGGAGAGAGUGAACCAGUUGAUGUCAAUAAUGAUAAGCCAUUUCUUCUGUCAGGAACUAAAGUUCAGGAUGGAUCAUGCAAGAUGCUUGUGACUACUGUCGGAAUGAGAACUCAGUGGGGUAAACUGUUGGCUACUCUUAGUGAAGGAGGAGAUGAUGAGACCCCAUUGCAGGUCAAACUUAAUGGUGUGGCAACCAUUAUUGGAAAGAUAGGACUGUAUUUUGCCAUUGUUACUUUUGCUGUUUUGGUGCAAGGACUUUUUAGCCGCAAGCUGCAAGAAGGCUCCCACUGGAGCUGGUCUGGAGAUGAUGCAAAGGAAAUUCUGGAAUUCUUUGCUGUUGCUGUUACAAUAGUUGUUGUUGCUGUUCCUGAAGGGCUGCCUUUGGCCGUGACGCUAAGCCUUGCCUUUGCCAUGAAGAAAAUGAUGAAUGAUAAGGCACUUGUCCGUCAUUUGGCUGCUUGUGAGACAAUGGGAUCUGCCACAAGUAUCUGUAGUGACAAGACUGGGACUCUAACUACUAACCAUAUGACUGUUGUGAAAGCUUGCAUUUGUGGGAAGAUCAUGGAAGUAGGCAGCUCUAAAGAGACUUCUGGUAUUUGCUCUGAAAUUCCUAGUACUGGUUUGAGAAUCCUACUACAAUCAAUAUUUAAUAACACUGGAGGAGAAAUUGUUAAAAACAAAGAUGGAGAAGUUGAGAUCCUGGGAUCACCCACUGAGACUGCUCUUUUGGAAUUUGGGCUGUUGCUCGGUGGGGAUUUUCAGUUAGAACGAAAAACAUUGAACAUUGUGAAAGUUGAGCCCUUCAAUUCUGCUAAGAAGCGAAUGGCAGUACUUCUAGAGGUUCCUGGUGUUGGUCACAGGGUACACUGUAAAGGCGCUUCUGAAAUAAUUUUAGAGGCUUGUGAUAGAGUCAUAGACUCAAAUGGUGAUAUUGUUUUCAUCGAGGCAUCCCGUGAUUAUUUGAAGGAUACGAUUGAACAAUUUGCUAGUGAAGCUCUUCGAACUCUAUGCCUUGCUUAUAUGGAAAUUGAAAAUGAAUUUUCUGCUGAAAGUCUACCAAUUAAAGGGUACACAUGUAUAGGAAUUGUAGGUAUUAAAGAUCCAGUUCGCCCCGGUGUGAGGGAGUCUGUUGAAAUUUGUAGGUCUGCUGGUAUAACUGUUCGGAUGGUUACUGGAGACAACAUAAACACUGCGAAGGCAAUUGCUCGAGAAUGUGGAAUUUUGACCAGUGACGGUAUAGCAAUUGAAGGCCCAGUAUUCCGUGAGACAAGUGAGGAGGAAUUGUGUGAAAUUAUUCCAAGACUUCAGGUAAUGGCUCGGUCUUCACCAAUGGAUAAGCAUACUCUUGUAAAACACUUACGAACUACCUUGCAAGAAGUUGUAGCAGUAACUGGUGAUGGUACAAACGAUGCUCCAGCACUUCAUGAAGCAGAUAUUGGACUAGCAAUGGGCAUUGCUGGAACUGAGGUAGCAAAAGAGAGUGCUGAUGUGAUAAUCUUGGAUGAUAACUUCUCCACAAUUGUCACUGUGGCGAAAUGGGGACGUUCUGUUUACAUAAACAUUCAGAAAUUUGUUCAGUUUCAGCUAACAGUAAAUGUGGUUGCCCUAGUUGUCAACUUUUCUUCAGCCUGUUUGACAGGAAACACUCCCCUUUCCGCUGUUCAGCUUCUGUGGGUCAACAUGAUCAUGGAUACUCUAGGAGCACUUGCCUUAGCCACUGAGCCUCCGAAUGAUGAUUUGAUGAAAAGAUCGCCAGUUGGUAGGAAAGGAAACUUCAUCAGCAAUGUUAUGUGGAGGAAUAUCUUGGGGCAAUCUGUGUAUCAGUUUGUCAUAAUUUGGUUUCUCCAGACAAGAGGAAAAGCAUUUUUUAAUCUUGGUGGUGCAAAUUCUGAUUUGAUAUUGAACACAAUCAUUUUCAACUCGUUUGUCUUUUGUCAGGUUUUCAAUGAGAUCAGCUCUAGAGAGAUGGAAAAAGUAAACGUCUUCAAAGGUAUAAUGGAUAACUAUGUGUUUGCAUUUGUGCUUACUUGCACUGUUGUCUUUCAAAUCAUCAUCAUCGAGUUCCUGGGUGCAUUUGCAAACACAACCCCUCUCAGCUUGCAGCAGUGGAUUGUUAGCAUUUUAAUUGGAUCUCUUGGGAUGCCAAUAGCAGCAGCUUUAAAAAUGGUUCCUGUGGGUUUAAACUGAGUUCAUGGCAAACUGAAUGGGUACUUUUCUGUCUUAGUUCUUUAGAUUCUAACCCUAAAUGAAUGGAGGAAUUUUGUUUGAUCAUGUUGUUUGUAUUAUAUUGUGUUCAUCUAUUAUGAUUGUUCUUCUUA